AUGGAGGCAGAAACUGAGCACACCGACAACGAGCUUUCAGAAUCUAUCAUCGAUGAUUCUUUGGAUAACGCCAAUGUAGAAGAAGACGAUGAAGAAUUACACCCAGAGGAACCAUUGACCGAGGAGGAGAUAGAAGACAUCAUUGCCGAGCUUUUAGAUGUCGAGGGUAAGGCUGCAGAGGCUCAAGAAGCACUGGAAGAUGAAUCACUUGCAAAAGUAGAGGCGGAUGUUAGGGGAGAAUUAGCCCAAUCUCUCUCUGGAGAUGAUUUGGAGAAGGCUGUUAAGGAAGAGAUGACAACAUUCAAGGAAGAGUGGGAAGUUGAACUCGAUGAUCUUGAGACUGAGAGUGCUCAUUUAUUGGAACAACUUGAUGGUGCUGGUGUUGAACUCUCAAGUCUCUAUAAGUGGAUUGAAAAGCAGGCUCCAAAUAGUUGCUGUACUGAAGCAUGGAAAAAGAGGACUCAUUGGGCAGGAAAUCAGAUGUCAAGCGAUGUGACUGAGUCAGUUGCGCAAGCUGAACAGUAUCUCCAGAUCCACAGGCCUAUGAGAAGACGGCAUGGUAAAAUUUUGGAUGAGGGUGCCAAUGGUUUCCUCGAGAGAAAACUUAACAGUGAAAACACUGACAAGUCAUCGAUAGAGAAUAUCAAAUUUGGCAGUAAGUACUGGACUUCUGUCUAUCUGGCCAGUACACCACAGCAAGCUGCUGAACUGUGUCUAAAUUUUCCUGGAGUCAAUGAGGAACAACUUGAUGGUGCUGGUGUUGAACUCUCAAGCCUCUAUAAGUGGAUUGAAAAGCAGGCUCCAAAUAGUUGCUGUACUGAAGCAUGGAAAAAGAGGACUCAUUGGGUAGGAAAUCAGAUGUCAAGCGAUGUGACUGAGUCAGUUGCGCAAGCUGAAGAGUAUCUCCAGAUCCACAGGCCUAUGAGAAGGAUACGGCAUGGUAAAAUUUUGGAUGAGGGUGCCAGUGGUUUCCUCGAGAGAAAACUUAACAGUGAAAACAAUGAAGAGAAUAUCAAAUUUGGCAGUAAGUACUGGACUGCUGUCUAUCUGGCCAGUACACCACAGCAAGCUGCUGAACUGUGUCUAAAUUUUCCUGGAGUCAAUGAGGUGGAGGAGAUUGAUGAUGUUGAUGGAAGUUCAAGUGAUCCAUUUGUUGCAGAUGUUGUAGCAAAUGAAAGAGAUUUGAAUCUCACUGAAGAGCAAAAGAGAAGCUUUAGAAAGGUCAGUUUUAUCUUCUUUCUAAUGUAG